AUGGUCUAAGCAGAGCACAAGACAACCAACUACAGCCUCAUCAGAAGUCCACAUCCUGGACGUCCGGAGCAAUUCGUCACUUACCGAGUGUGACGUUCGCUCUCUGGCCAACGUGACGGGAGCCUCCAUCGUUCUCUGCGUCCUUGCCGAGGAACAGUUCCAGGACCUCACCAUUCCGCUCUUGCUUCGCGAGCAUGAGACAGUUCACCUGGAAGGCGGACGUGUGCAGCGGCCCAGGACAGCCCUGGAGCCCUUCCCUCCCCCGCCACCGGUUCUCUUCAUUUUCUACGCUGGCAACCACUUCAUGUCCCUGCUGCCGUUGGAUGCGAGUGAUCCUGCAGCGGGUGCGGAGGCCGCAGGCGACUGGUAUCGAUGUGGUGAGUGGCCGUGCGCCUGUGUGGAAACUGCGAGAGAUGGUGGCCAUGCUGCGGGCCCGUCGGUUGCCCUCGGGAAUCCAUCGGAGGCACGUCCCCCCGCUGCCAUCGAUGGACCGACCCGCCUUGUGCCGCCCCCCUCUCACCCGGAGGGCGUCACCAACCGAGGUACCUCACCCCGCUCGGACCUCCGACGCCAGCGUCGUACCGGACGACAACGGCAACGCCGCACUCGCAGGCGUUUGCAAGAGGGAGCAGUCACUUCGAUACGUAAGGACUUGGAGGAUGAAGUGGAGUCCAGCGGCCCGGAACAUCGACACGACCAGGACACCUACAUGGAAUUGGUCAGUAGCGAUGCAGCCCCGCCCAUAGGAAACGACCAAGAAGUCGACGGGACAAACGAACUGGGAGACACGGUGGAUGGACGUGGUUGGAUGGAUAUUGCGGAGGAUCGCGAUUUGACAGUGGGCGUGGGAGGGGCAAGUGCCAGCCGGCAACUCACCCCGGAUGAGCUGAUAUCUCGCGAGGGCCGCGGACCCUCGGGUGCGGAUCCACUUUCGGCGGCGGGGCCCAAUAGCAACGAUCGCCCCACACUUCCCCCUGAUCGGCUCGGCGCUUUGGGUGACAUGACGUCGCGCGAGGGCUAUGACCCGGACAACCGUGGCCCGCCCAAGGGCCUUCGAGACUUGGACGACAUCCUUGAUGCUUGACAUUCAUCAUAUACACGCACUCCAAGUCCACACAUGCCUGCGCACCCCUGCGCACAGAGACAUUCAUGAUAUACACGCACUCCAAGUCCACACGUGCAUGCGCAGGGGUGCGCACGCAGACAUUCAUCAUAUACACGCACUCCAAGUCAACGCAUCGUCGUGCACAGAGACAUUCAUGACAUACACGCACUCCAAGUCCACACGUGCAUACGCAGG